GAUCAUAUAAUAUGAGAACUAUGAGGAGAUAAAUGGGACAAUCCAAAAGGAAAAGAAGAUACAUUGAACCUAGACAGGCAAAUGGUGGGUUUUAAGGAGAAGAAGAAAAGGGAGAGAGGGCAUUCUGAAAUCUGAAGUUGGAGAAAAUGGGAGUACUGAAAUCGGGUGGUGUUGAGUCGGUAAGCCUGGGGAGGAGGAAUGAGGAGCUGGAGAAGGAAUUGGAGGCGAGCCAGGAAAGAGAGCUGGUUAUGAGGGAGGAGCUCAGAAGGGUUUGUGAAAGGCUAAAGGUGGCAGAGGAGGCGGAGGAGAGGCUUUCGUUACAGCUUGGGGAGCUCGAGGCAGAAGCUCUAACCCAGGCACGUGAUUACCACCAACAAAUCACAUCGUUGAUGAACCAGCUCUCCCACGCUCAUAAACUGCUGCAAGCUGCCUCCAUCGCCUCCUUUACUUAGAACACAAACUUAACCCGAUAUGUUGGAGGCCCUUUUUCCCCUCCUUCAGUACUUCAUCGAGUCGAUGUAAUUCAAUCUCUUACUACCAAAUCCAAUAGUUGUAUCACUUUUCCGCUGCUUAAAACUUUUGAUUGAUUCAGGCAAACAAAAUUCAAUGAUAAAAUGUAUUGAGUUUUUUGUUCCGGUAA